CAGUAUCCUGUAGCGCUAUGCGAGAGUCUGUCUUCUUCUUGGAGCAAACAUUGUUUAUUAUCGCCGUUUGCAAAAAAUGAGCAAGCAACACGUCGACUGAGAGCCUUAAUUUGUUAUUUUUCACCUGUAGUUGGAAGAAAAUAAGACCAAGUGUGCAUUUGAAGCCACAAUAAUGCAUCCGAUACCUUCAAGCUCCCUGGAUGGAGAUAUAUUUGACUUUAUACAGACAGGAAACAUUGAACAAUGUGCACUCUUUAUUGAAAGUGACAGAUCUAUCCUCAGACAAAAAGGGUGGGGAGGUUUUACCCCACUACACUAUGCUGCCCUCCAUGGCAACCCUGCUCUGGUGGACCUUUUCCUCAGCAAUGCCGCUGACCCCAACCUGACCUGUGAUGUGGGACAGACAGCUUUUCACUUUGCAUGCAGGCAAGGAAACAUUUACAUCAUUCAUAAAAUGAUGCAGCAUGGAGCUGAUCUGCGCCACAUAGAUCUGCAAGGAAAAUCAUCUCUGCAUCAUGCGGUGACUGGAGGCAGCAUCGUUGCGGUGCACUAUUUGUGGGAGACAGAAAUGUUGCGUUUCACGGACACAGACAUGCACCAGGUGACGCCCCUCCACCUUGCAGCAUCUACAUGCAACACAGAUAUGGUCCAGUACCUUCUUAAGGACCAGCGCUGUGCUGCAGACGCUGUCGACCAACAGGGGUCGACGGCGCUCCAUGUUGCAGCAGAGAGAGGCGGCGUGGAGGUGUGCUGGAUGCUUCUGCAGGAAGCUGGAUGCAGGAUUCUUCAUGAGAAAAACCUCAGCGGCCAAACGCCACUGGACCUCAGCAAGCAGGGGAAAACAUUUAGACAUCAGCAACUCACCAAACUACUCAGUCAGUACAUGAGUGUGCCAGUGUACCACAAGCCCAAAGAUUCUCAUGUUUUGUACUACUGGACACUGUUUUUUCCCAGCCUGAGUGGAGCCGCCAUUCUGCUGAUAGCAGCCAUGUUGGGAGGUUACGGGGGUCUCCUUUGUGCUUUACUUUUCCCCUGGCUGGCCAGGAGCAUCUUUACGCAAUACCAUCGCAUGGCCACAUAUCAAAGGUUACCCAACCCAAUUUACUUGGGAACCCUCGAAGCCGGACUGGUCCAUUCCCUGCUUUGCUUUUAUUGGAAGAUAACAGAUAGUGUUUGGCCGACUGGUACCCUGGUCCAAGCGUCUAUGGUCCAUUUCUGCCUAGUCCUCGCUUUGUUUUAUAAAGUUCUGACUCAGGACCCCGGGACACUCAACAGAGCAGAAGCAGACCCUCGGUUCUCUUGUGUUGCUGACCUGGUAGAGAAUAACCAGAGCCCUCAUAGGUUCUGUCCCUACUGUGAGUUGUUCCAGCCUGACCGCACCAAGCACUGCAAGCUCUGCAAUGUGUGCAUUAAGAGCUACGACCACCACUGCCUUUUCCUCAACCGCUGCAUCGGCCGGGGUAAUCACCGCCUCUUCCUCUUCUUCAUGCUCUCCAUGGUGAUUGGCCACCUCUUAUUUAUCACCACGGCAGCAAGCUACCUACACCACAAGAUGCGUACCGGCAGUCGUGGCUUGUCUUGGUGGCUCUCAUUUCUCGGGGAGGAGUUUUGGGUAGCGGCGAUGGUGGUGAUGAAUGCUAUAACGCUCUUGUGGGAGGUGUGGCUACUCACUGAGCAAUUUGAUGCCGUUGCCGUGGGAACGACUACUUACUUCAAACACUUUGAAAAGGUGAAGCGACAGAGGUCGCUCGGGCAGCGCUGGCUCGCUGUGCUGGCUUUUCUGAUUGAAGGGCGGACAAGGGUCAUCGGUGGAAGCACAAAAGGGGGCAAUGCUGCAAUAGAUGUUUAAACGUGUCACUCAUUGUUUACUCACACUUGCUGGUUUACAGACCAUCUGCACUAAGAUAGCCCUGAAUGUUGGUGCACUUUUUAGGUACACCUUCUACCUUGUUUGAUGGCUAUCUGUGGAACGCUCACACUUAAUUUUUCUAAAUCUAAAUGACAAUUUUAACAUAAUUAUAAAUGACUAUUAAUACUCCAAUUAACACCUCGACCCACUUAACAGCUGAGUUGCCAUGUGCAUGGUCGACAAAAGCAACGGGUCAAAAAACACAGCCGGGUGUGGCUGUAAACAACCUCCUGGUAUCUUUUCUUUUUUUUUUUAAUUAACUCCACAGCGUGACAGUAGCUGCAUUUGGGGUGUCAUGAAUUGUCAUGAUCCAGCAGCUUUAUCUACCUCUGCAUGCGCUUUAAAAUGAAGCUCUUGUUUACGCUAACCAUCAUCAGCGGUAUUAAUGCUGGCUGAUCAGUUUGCUCCUUUCCGCUAUUACAACACUGGUUCUGUUGCUGCUGUGUUGUGAAAGAAUUAUAUUCAAUAAUUAUUCAUCAAUGACCAUGUGGUCAACAAGAGCAAUGUUUUCCUCUCCAUUUUCUCAUGCACUCUAAAUCAUUAUUAAGCCAAGAACAAUUGGUUGUGAUAUAUAAUGACUUAUUAAGGCCUGCUUCCGAUUAACACCCCAUCCUCUUUGCAGUUUAGGUAAAUGCCUUGGCUAUAAUUGGAGCAUUUACAGUGUUUUAGUAUGAAAAUGUGAUUAUGGAACAUGUUUACUCUUGAGUAGUUUGUUAUUGACAAACUUCUAAUAAACAUGUUUUUCUACAUUGUUUUCAGUGGUGUGCUGACUAAGUUUUAGCUAGGAGAAUACUCAAGUGACCAGUUGUUAUAUCUUAAAUGAGUGAUCUGACGUGGUUGGUUUGAAA